GCCCUGCCGGGACCGACCGUCCAGGACGUCCAGGACGCUAGGAACGCGGCCCUGGCCCUGGCCCCGCCGCGAGCGCCGCGAGUUGUAGUGCAGUGAUACCUGGAGUGCUUCUUGUUGUGAUUGUGUGUGGAUCGCCAUGGAGAACCCGGACCCCGCCGCGCACAUGGUGGAGGAUGAUGUGGACGUGGAGUCCGGGCUGGGAGGCACCCCGGGCCUCGGCUCGCCCGAGGACGGCAGCUCCUCGCCGACCCUGCCCGAGAGCACCCCCAUCAAGGUGACCCCCCACACCGAGAAGAUCUUCAAGAAGAUGCUCAGCUGGAGUGCAGACACCAUAGAGGCCAACAGCCUGGCGGAGCGCGGCGGCCCCGAGUCCGUGGUGUCCACCAGCCCCGCCACGGUGGACGUGGACAAGGAUGGCGUGGGCAACGGCCGUCGCCUCGUCACGCAGCAGAGCUCGGUGUGGACGCGGCGCCAGCAGGCCGUGUGCGUCCGGCACGCCUUCAAGCACUACGGCACCAACAAGAACCCCAACCACGUGCUGCAGAACCUCAACAUGACCGUCGCCAAGGGCACCAUCUACGGCCUGCUCGGCGCGUCCGGAUGCGGCAAGACCACCCUGCUGAGCUGCCUGGUCGGCCGGCGGCACCUCAACUCGGGCGAGAUCUGGGUGCUGGGUGGCAAGCCCGGCACCAAGGGCUCUGGUGUGCCCGGCAAACGGGUUGGCUACAUGCCGCAGGAAAUCGCCCUCCUCGGCGAGUUCUCUAUCCGGGAAACCAUGAUGUACUUCGGAUGGAUCUUCGGCAUGCCCAGCAGUGAGAUCCAGGAGCGGUUAGACUUCCUGCUCAACUUCCUCGAUCUCCCCUCACAGAACCGUCUGGUCAAGAACCUCAGUGGUGGCCAACAGAGGCGAGUGUCCUUCGCCGUGGCCCUCAUGCACGACCCCGAGCUGCUCAUCCUGGACGAGCCCACCGUCGGCGUGGACCCCCUGUUGAGACAGAGCAUCUGGCACCACCUGGUGCAGAUCACCAAGGACGGCAACAAGACCGUCAUCAUCACCACCCACUACAUCGAGGAGGCGCGGCAGGCCCACGCGAUUGGUUUGAUGCGCUCCGGUAAGCUGCUGGCCGAGGAGUCUCCCAGCGCCUUGCUCACGACGUACAACUGCCUGUCCCUCGAGGAGGUGUUCCUCAAGCUGAGCCGCAAGCAGGGCAACUCCGUCCCCGGCGUCCCGGACGCCAACAUGACCAACAACAUCUCGGUGGCCUCGCUCAACUGGGGCAACAAGAAGGACGAGCCCGUGUUCGUGACGGAGGAGAGCGGCGUCGUCGGCCUCAACUUCCACCAGUCCAAGGAGAUGCUUAUCAACGAGUCCAACGGCCACCUGGACGCCCUCAACAAGAACAGGCCCGGCAAGUCGGAGCCCGUGGUGGACUGCGACGACUGCACGGACUGCUGCAAGCUGACGACGCGCGGCAAGAUGCGCGCCCUGCUGCAGAAGAACUUCCUCCGGAUGUGGCGAAACGUGGGCGUGAUGCUCUUCAUCUUCGCGCUGCCCGUCAUGCAAGUCAUCCUGUUCUGCCUCGCCAUCGGACGCAACCCCACCGGACUGCACCUCGCCAUCGUCAACCACGAGAUGAACUUCACCACCAAGGAGUGCCCCGUGUAUAACAACUGCAGCUUAUCCUGGCUCAGUUGUCGAUACAUACAGCAGCUAGAUAAUGAAACUAUAGUCAAGGACUACUACGAGACCAAGGACCAGGCCUUGGACGCCGUCCGCAUGGGCGAGGCCUGGGGCGCGCUCUACUUCACCGAGAACUUCACGGACGCGCUGGUGGCCAGGAUGGCGCUGGGGCAGAGCUCGGACAACGAGACGCUGGACCAGAGCGAGAUCCGCGUCUGGCUCGACAUGUCCAACCAGCAGAUCGGGCUGAUGCUGAACCGAGAUCUGCAGUUCUCGUACCGAGACUUCGCCCAGGACCUGCUGUCCCAGUGCAACAACAACCCCAAGCUGGCCGACAUCCCCAUCCAGUUCAAGGACCCCAUCUACGGCAGCAACAACCCCAGCUUCACGGACUUCGUGGCGCCCGGCGUCAUCCUCACCAUCGUCUUCUUCUUGGCCGUGGCGCUCACGUCGUCCGCGCUCAUCAUCGAGCGCAUGGAGGGGCUGCUGGACCGGUCCUGGGUGGCGGGCGUGUCGCCCUUCGAGAUCCUCUUCUCGCACGUGGUGACGCAGUUCGUGGUGAUGUGCGGCCAGACCGCGCUCGUGCUCAUCUUCAUGAUCGCCGUGUUCGAGGUGGAGUGCAAGGGCGACAUGUUCUGGGUCAUCAUCCUCACCAUCCUGCAGGGUCUCUGUGGAAUGUGCUUCGGUUUCGUGAUCUCUGCGAUUUGCGAGCUAGAGCGGAACGCUAUCCAGCUCGCCCUGGGCAGCUUCUACCCCACCCUUCUGCUCAGUGGUGUCAUUUGGCCCGUGGAGGGAAUGCCCAUUGUUCUGCGUUACAUCUCGCUGGGACUUCCCCUCACCAUGGCCACCACGUCACUGCGCAGCAUGCUCACGCGUGGAUGGCAAAUUAACGAACCUGACGUGUACAACGGCUUCUUUGCCACCAUCAUUUGGAUCGCAUUGUUCCUGACCAUCAGUUUGGUAGUACUCAAGGUGAAGAGAGGUUAAUGUGAGGAUCGGCAGAAAAUUGGUAGUCUCUGCAAGUGCUCUAAGACAAUGCUAGGCCACCGACGGCCGCUCCAUACUUCGUGAAAGUGCAACAUUACUUGCUGUUAGUCUGAUCGCUGUACGGUGCUUGUGCGUUUGGUAUCCAUUUUUAAAAUAUGUGUUAGGUAUAAAUUUUAUGAAAUUCUCUGGAAUAAAUCCCAGACUAAUAAAUGGGAAUUGCAUUUAUUCUUUUUAUCUGCUUUUCAAUUCUUUCAUCAAAGAUGGUGGUAUGUGCUACUCAGUAGCUCGCAGGUGAUGAAUUUGCCAUCAGGGACCGAGUUUUCUUUUGGUGCUUUGUCUCAGAUUGUCAAAUUUUCAAUUUGGAGAAGGUACACCUUGUAUGAAUCAACUUUUUAUGGGUAGUUUUUGCUGGCUCAAUACUGGCUUCAGUAUACAAAUGUAGUCUGUGUGUUCUCUUCCCAAUCGCACAUUCCUCCCCUCUCAAUUAGAAAACAUGUCAUGUUGUGAGCCACUUGUGAUGCAUUUCAAACUAGUGGAUUAUUUUUCUUGUUGCUUUAGAAAAUCCUUGCAGUGAUCAAGGGAUUUGCUCUCUCCAAAUACUGCUCUGUGGUAGUGGCAGUAGCAGUCUUAUGAAAUUCCUGUAAUUUUCAGAAGGUCAAAACACCUCAUUGCUUAAAUAACUCAUGUUAUUUUAUGAAUUUACCAUAGUACUAUCUGUACAAUGUAUGACGCUUGUUUUUAUGUCUUGGAUGUUUUGUGUUUGUUAUUUUUAUAGUCCAACAAUGUAUGUGAUAGCUUGUGAGCUGUCCAGUCUGAUGGUUACAUGUGUAAAUAAAAUACUUAGGAACAUAGAUAGGCAGUACUCACCCAGGUUUUCUUUUGUCCAUCUAUUGCACUUUUUUCUUGAUAUCAACUCUUCUUUCUUUUCCUUUCCCUUUGAGAUUGCAGUUGUAUUUAUUUUGAUCUAAUCUGACCUUCCCACAGUAUGUAGAUACUCUGCCUAUGAUGCAAGUUUUAUUUAAAUUAUUUUACAAGUUAACUGGCAAGAUGACAUUGUGAUUUCUCUUUACCUGGAAAUCUCUUACAGCAUUGCGUCUGUGAUUAUAUGUUUAGUAGAAUGUAACGGAGUUAAAAGUUGGUACCACAGUUACUUAUUUGUGCAUUAAAAGUUAGAAUAUCAAAUAUUAUAUUAUAUUAUAUUGGAACUGCAAGUCCAGUUAGUCGAUGUAGUUAAAUACAAUGCUCAAAGUAAUUAGAUUUGUUUUACUCCAAAUUUUUGUGAAGUUGCCAUAUAUUAUCACUAAGCAGCUUUAUGUAAUUCUGAAUCUAAAGGAAUACGCAAAAUAUAUUUAUGAAGUUUUGUUGGAUUAGAAUUUUAAAUGAGAAAAAAGGCGAU